UUAAACCGAUACACAACUCUGCUGUGAAAAAUAAUAUGAUUCCAAACACACAACAAAUAUGACACAACACGAAAAUCAGCAAGCCAUUCUCAGCAACUUUGUGCGGGAAAUGUCUGAAGGAGUGGAUCGACUGAUACGGGAUCAGGCCGAACUGAAGGUCCACCUCAACGAAGUUCUAGAUGAAAACCGCCGGCUGGACAGCGAGUUGGCCAAAUGCAGGAGCAUCCUGGCUGGCAGCGAUUACCAGGAGCUCAAGCAUCGCCUUCAACUGAGCAACAAGGCUUUGGACGCGUCCAAGAAGCAGGUGGAUGAGCUUAUCAAGGAACGGAACAGCCUGCAAACCAUGCAUAAUCUCUCCAAACAGACCAUCGAAACCAUGGAGAUGGAUCUUAAGAAUUAUCGCGUCCAAUUGAAAAUGUCUGGAGAUGACCAGGUCAUACAGCGGUACUCGAAGAUCGUCAAAGUGCUGGAGGCAAAAGUGGAGGACCAGCAGAAGGAGAUACGCACGCAGGCGGAGACCAUAAAGGCCCUGCACGAUCACAAGCAGCACAGCGGGUUGCAACUGCAGCAGCUGCAUGCUCAACUGAAGGAUAGCCAGCAGAGUCAAUCCAAGGUGUCCGUCCUGCAGAAGCAACUUAAGGAGUACGAAAUGUCGCUGAGCCACACCCACAAUUUGCUCAUGGAGAGCACAAGACGGGAAACCGCCGCCAUGCGCAAGGUCGAGGAGGCUAUCAUACUCAGCGAAGAGGCAAACAAGGAGAAAAUAGACGCCACUAAGCUGGCCGAGACCUACAAGGAGGAGAUGACCCAUCUAGCCUCCAAUAUCGGUACCAUAAUGGAUGAGGCCUCCACACGCGUGGACGUUGAAGUGGGCCAUCUGAAGAAUAUGCUCAAGCAAAAGGACAUUAUAAUUACCACGACUAAGGAGAAGCUGAAAAAACUGGCUGUCGAUCAUAAGUCGGUGGUCCACAUGCUGGAGACCCGGAGCAAUCGCCUGGAGCAAAAGUACAAGGAGGUGUUGAAGCAGAACGAUAAGCUGGAGGCCGAGUUGGAGGCAACUUGCCGGCGACUUGGCGAGCUGGAGCGAUCCGUUACUGAAGUUUACGGUGGAGAUGCCGAAGAUGCCAGGAUAAAAAUGUUCUAUAAGUCUCAAAUGGAUCGCUGCAUAAUGGAUCAUAAGAAGAUGAAGGAGAAAUAUCGCGAGGGCAUGGAGGACAUCACGCAGCGCUUCGAAUCGGAAAUUUACAAGUUAAGGGAGGAGAACUCCGUGCUGCUGGCGGAAAACGAACUGCUUAAGAGCGGGGCCGCAGGCGAUAGCUCCAAGCAGAGUGGUCACUGAUUUUACGGUUGUACAAAGAUAUAUUUUAUGAUCACUCUCGUACAUAAUAAAUUAGUUAUACGAGAUCACACUA